AUGUGUACCCAUGGCCAAGAAGGUCAACAUCCCACGUGUUGGUGUCCACUUUCAAAUGAUGUAACUGGAAAUGUCUCCUCCAACUUGUCUGGGGUAUGGGUGAGUCCAGGCAUCCUUGCACAUUCAGAAUGCCAACUUCCAGAGCCUUGUAGCACACAGGUGGCUGAAAACAGCUGUGGUGACUGGUCUUUGUGGAAAGUCUUCCUGGCUUGCCUCUUAGCGUCUGUGCUAACAACAACAAUUGGAGUAAUCACACUAAGCUUGCUGAAUAGAAACAAUUCCUCCAUCAUUAUCCAGUUAUUAUCAAACACUGAAGCCUCUACAGUUACACCUCAAACAAUCUCUACUACUUCUCAAACAACACUGGUCAUUUCCACAGGGUUGACAACCACAACAUCCCCUGAAACUACAGACACAACAACAGCCACCAUAACUUCUACUGAACCAACAGAGACAUCCACUGCAGUAUUCACUGAAGCUAGUGCCAUAACAACCAUGGCUAGGACUUCAACUCUACCUGUGACGACAAUAGUUACCACCACAACUCCAUCUGUGCCCACAAGUGCAGCCACCUCAACACAGCCCACAACCUCUGCUGUGUUCACUGAAACAUCAGCCACAACCAUUGACUCAACUCAACCUGAAACCACAACAGCUACCACCAUGACUCCAUCUGUGCCCACAAGCACAGCUACCUCAAUCCAGCCGGCAACCUCUGCUGUGUUCACCGAAACAUCAGCCACAACCAUUGACUCAACUCAACGAGAAACCACAUGA